UCUGCAACAGAGAGAGAAGAAAAACACCUUGAGAAGGUGAACCAAACCAAAUCCUUUCUUAACCUUCACGCCUCCAUUAAAUCACUCCCUCUCUCCCACUCUCUCCCAAUCUCUCUCCCCCCCACCCCUUGUUAUAUAUGCACUGAAAAGGCCUCAACAAAACAGAGCCUUUUCUUGACAAAACAGAGCAACUUGUUGUCAAAAGCCUCAUCUUUUACCUUAAUUUCUUGUCCUUAAUUUUGAUAAAUGGGGUCUUGUAAAGAAGAAGAGAGAAAGCAACAAAAGAGUGUAUGGGUUCAUGGACCAAUCAUUGUAGGUGCAGGACCAUCUGGUUUAGCCGUAGCAGCUUGCUUAAAACAAUCCCAAAUACCCUCUCUAGUUCUUGAAAGAAGUGAUUGUAUAGCUUCUUUAUGGCAACAAAGAACUUAUGAUCGUCUCAAGCUCCAUCUCCCCAAACAGUUUUGUCAACUCCCUUUACUAGAUUACCCUAAGCACUUCCCAAAGUACCCCACAAAGCAUCAGUUCAUUUCAUACAUGGAAUCAUAUGCUAAGCAUUUCUGCAUUGAGCCUAAGUUUAAACAGCUGGUUGAAAAGGCUGAGUUUGUCAAUGGGAUCUGGAGGGUGAAGAGUCAAGAUUGUGAGUACAUUUCCAAGUGGCUUGUUGUGGCUACUGGUGAAAAUGCUGAGCCUGUUAUACCUCAGAUUCAAGGCCUGGACAGGUUUAAUGGAAAUGUGGUGCAUACCAGUGGGUAUAAGUCUGGUUACGAGUUUCGAAAACAGAAGGUUUUGGUUGUGGGCUGUGGGAACUCUGGAAUGGAAGUUAGUCUGGAUCUUUGUAGGCAUAAUGCAAGCCCUCAUAUGGUUGUUAGAAAUUCAGUUCAUGUUCUGCCUAGGGAGAUAUUUGGGUGCUCAACAUUUGGAAUAGCUAUGGCACUUCACAAAUGGUUACCCCUAAGGCUGGUAGACAAGUUCAUUCUACUAAUGUCCAAUUUGAUACUAGGGAGUACAGAGAAUUUAGGGCUCCGGCGCCCAGAAACCGGACCAAUUGAGCUCAAAAACAUCACUGGGAAGACACCAGUCCUCGACGGAGGUGCUCUGAAUCAGAUUAAGUCCGGUAAUAUCAAGGUGAUGGAAGAGGUGAAAGAAAUAACAAGGAAUGGGGCUAAAUUCAUGGAUGGCCAAGAGAAAGAAUUUGACUCAAUAGUUUUGGCUACAGGCUACAAGAGCAAUGUCCCAUUCUGGCUCAAGGGGAGUGAUUUCUUUACGGAACAAGGAAUGCCUAGAAGACCAUUUCCCAAUGGUUGGAAAGGGGAGAAUGGGCUGUACACGGUAGGGUUCACCAGAAGAGGUCUACUGGGGACUGCAUCAGAUGCCAUUAAGAUUGCAAACGACAUUGCUGAUCAAUGGAAGAUUAAUAAAGAAUGGGAUAAUAUAUGUAGCUCUUAUGUUAUUUUACAAAUAUAACGUUCAAUAAGCCACCAAUGUAAAUUAGGAUAUUAGGAAGGUAGUUUUCUUCUUUAGAAAAUUUAUGCUAUUUUUCUAGCUUUUAUUUUGUGCGUUUUAUGUUUUUGCUAUUCUUCACCUGUAAAUCAAUCAAUUUU